GAGGUCACUAAAGGCAACAGUAUUGUUUCCCAGACUGCACAGUCUGGAGUGUGGAUAUGUCGUGUUCUUAAAUUGUUUGAUAGCAGAGGGACACUUUUUCUAAACGUACUAACAACCUAAAUGUUAGGUCCCUUUCUAACGUAAGAACGGGUUAAGGGUGUUUCAGAUCAAGUCAUUAGUUUACUUUUUAACGUUGAAGCUGGAUGCUAGCUUGUGUUGUUAUGAUAGCCAAACAGGGAAGAAGGUACUCAGGAAAUAAUUUUCAUUUGAAUCUGUUUGUAUACUUUUAGUUGAACUAACCAGGCUUCAAACCUCUAGGUGAAAAGUCAGGGAUAAUUAUGACCACUCGAAUAGAGUGCAUAUUUUUCAGCGAGUUUCAUCCAACUCUUGGUCCUAAGAUUACAUAUCAGGUCCCAGAGGAGUACAUUUCAAGGGAACUAUUUGACACAGUUCAAGUGUACAUCAUCACCAAGCCGGAACUACAAAACAAAUUGAUUACAGUCACUGCAAUGGAAAAAAAAUUAAUCGGCUGUCCUGUGUGCAUUGAACACAAAAAGUACAGCCGAAAUGCCCUCCUCUUUAAUCUUGGCUUUGUGUGCGAUGCUCAGACAAACACAUGUGCCCUUGAGCCAAUUGUCAAGAAGCUGUCUGGAUAUCUUACCACUCUGGAGCUGGAGAGUGGCUUUAUAUCCAACGAGGAGAGCAAGCAGAAACUUCUACCAAUUAUGUCAACCUUGUUAGAAGAACUUAAUGCAACGGGAGCUUGCACCUUACCAAUAGAUGAAUCAAACACCAUCCACCUAAAACUGAUCAAACUUCGAAAAGACCCCCCAAUUGUUCAGGAGUAUGAUGUGCCAGUCUUUGUUCAGUGCAAAGAGCAUUUUAUCAAAUCUCAAUGGGACCUCACCACUCAACAGAUUUUGCCCUGCAUUGAUGGUUUUAGGCACAUCCAAAAAAUCUCUGCUGAAGCAGAUGUUGAACUCAAUCUUGUUCGUAUUGCUGUGCAAAAUCUCUUAUAUUAUGGGGUUGUGACUUUGGUCUCCAUAUUCCAGUACUCUAAUGUGUACUGCACAACUCCUAAAGUUCAGAGCCUCAUCGAUGACAAGUCUAUUCAGGAGGAAUGCCUCAGCUAUGUCACUAAGCUGGGUCAGAAGCGAGCCAGCCUGAGAGAUGUGUUUCAGCUGUACUGUGGUCUGAGUCCAGGGACAACAGUUCGAGACCUUUGCUCCCGCUAUUCACAACAACUUCAAAGGAUUGAUGAGAGAAGGUUGAUCCAGUUUGGACUGAUGAAGUCUCUCAUUCGACGGCUGCAGAAGUAUCCCGUUAAGGUGAUUCGUGAUGAAAGAAGCAGGCCGCCUCGGCUCUAUACCGGUUGUCACAGUUAUGAUGAGAUCUGCUGCAAAACAGGGAUUAGUUACCAGGAGCUGGAUGAACGUCUGGAAAAUGACCCCAAUAUUGUUAUCUGCUGGAAGUGAUGCCCAAUGAAGCCAUCGGCCUGCGAGAUACAGAGAUGCCUAAACCAAAGAUGCCUUGAGCGAGAGAUGGCUUUCUUGCAGUAACAAUAUAAAUGUUUUGUAACUGAUCAUUUUUCAUUUAAAUGUAAAUAUGUUGUCAUCUCAAUCAGUGAUUAAUAUUUGUUUCAGGCAAGUUAUGAAUAUGAGCCUUUUUAAUAUUGUAUCUGAAUAAACAGAUUAUAACA